UUCAAGGGGGAGGAGAUUUUCCGCAAGAAAAGGUUGUUUUCAUGUUUGGGAUUCAGGAAAGCAUCCAACGGAGUGGAAGCAGCAUGAAGGAAGAGCCGCUGGGCAGCGGCAUGAACGCGGUGCGGACGUGGAUGCAAGGCGCCGGGGUGCUGGACGCCAACACCGCGGCGCAGAGCUCCGGGAUUGAAGACUGUGUGGCCUGGAGGCGCUGCCCUUGGAGGUUGACCUGGGAGAACUUUACUGGGAACCCCCAGCGCCCUUUCCGGGGACUCCUGGUCCCAAGUGAGAAAUACGGGGUGGGUCUGGCCCGGGCUCACUUUGAGAAGCAGCCGCCUUCUAAUCUGCGGAAAUCCAACUUCUUCCACUUCGUCCUGGCCCUCUACGACAGACAGGGCCAGCCCGUGGAGAUCGAGAGGACAGCCUUUGUGGGGUUCGUGGAGAAGGAAAAAGAAGCCAACAGCGAAAAGACCAAUAACGGAAUUCACUACCGGCUCCAGCUCCUCUACAGCAAUGGGAUAAGGACAGAGCAGGAUUUCUACGUGCGCCUCAUUGACUCCAUGACAAAACAGGCCAUAGUGUAUGAAGGCCAAGACAAGAACCCAGAAAUGUGCAGAGUCUUGCUCACACAUGAGAUCAUGUGCAGCCGCUGUUGUGACAAGAAAAGCUGUGGCAACCGAAAUGAGACUCCCUCAGAUCCAGUGAUAAUUGACAGGUUCUUCUUGAAAUUUUUCCUCAAAUGUAACCAAAAUUGCCUAAAGAAUGCAGGAAACCCUCGUGACAUGCGGAGAUUCCAGGUCGUGGUGUCUACAACUGUCAACGUGGAUGGUCAUGUCCUGGCGGUCUCUGAUAAUAUGUUUGUCCAUAAUAACUCCAAACACGGGCGGAGGGCUCGGCGGCUUGACCCCUCGGAAGGUACGCCCUCUUAUCUGGAGCAUGCAGCUACUCCCUGUAUCAAAGCCAUCAGCCCGAGUGAAGGAUGGACGACGGGAGGUGCAACUGUGAUCAUCAUAGGGGACAAUUUCUUUGAUGGGUUACAGGUCAUAUUCGGUACCAUGCUGGUUUGGAGUGAGUUGAUUACUCCGCAUGCCAUCCGGGUGCAGACCCCUCCUCGGCACAUCCCUGGUGUUGUAGAAGUCACCUUGUCCUACAAGUCCAAACAGUUCUGCAAAGGGACACCGGGAAGAUUCAUUUACACAGCACUCAAUGAACCCACCAUCGAUUAUGGUUUCCAGAGGCUACAAAAGGUCAUUCCCCGGCACCCUGGUGACCCAGAGCGUUUGCCGAAGGAGGUAAUACUCAAAAGGGCAGCUGACCUGGUGGAGGCGCUGUAUGGGAUGCCACACAACAACCAGGAAAUUAUUCUGAAGAGAGCAGCAGACAUCGCGGAGGCCCUGUACAGCGUGCCCCGCAACCACAACCAGCUCCCAGCCCUCGCCAACACCUCGGUGCACGCAGGCAUGAUGGGUGUGAACUCUUUCAGUGGACAGCUGGCUGUGAACGUCUCCGAGGCAUCCCAAGCCACCAACCAGGGUUUCACCCGCAAUUCAAGCAGUGUGUCACCACACGGGUACGUGCCGAGUACCACCCCCCAGCAGACCAACUAUAACUCCGUCACCACGAGCAUGAAUGGAUACGGCACGGCCGCCAUGUCCAAUCUGGGCGGCUCCCCAACCUUCCUCAACGGCUCAGCUGCCAACUCACCCUAUGCCAUUGUGCCAUCUAGCCCCACCAUGGCCUCCUCCACAAGCCUCCCCUCCAACUGCAGCAGCUCCUCGGGCAUCUUUUCCUUCUCACCAGCCAACAUGGUCUCAGCCGUGAAACAGAAGAGUGCUUUCGCGCCUGUCGUCAGACCCCAGACUUCCCCGCCUCCCACCUGCACCAGCACCAACGGGAACAGCCUGCAAGCGAUAUCUGGCAUGAUUGUUCCUCCUAUGUGAAAGAAUUGCCUUGAAGAAUUUUAUUAAUGAAGAGGUUGGAUUCUGCUACAGAGAGUAAUCUGAUACAAGUCCCAGAGUGGAACUUUUAACUCAGGCCUUUUUAAGAGGAAUCACAAUAACUGCAGAUUUUUAAAUAAACAAAAUCACCGACCUUGCAAGUACUGAAAUUGGAAAGGAUCUGCAAGCGCAGAGUGUUGGUUAAAGUUGUACCUCCCAACUCUUUGGGAGAUAUAUUUAUUCUGUGUUGAUAAAAGCAAACCCAUUUUUUUCUUUUUCUUGCUUCUUUUUUUUUGUUAGCUUAACUCUGCUAUCAUCUGUCUUUUAGAUGCCGUAAAACUAUAUACGAGGGACACUAUAAAUAAGACUCCAUGUUUUAAUUUAUGAUGUUUUUAAAGCUGUGUAAAGGAAGAAUGAAAUGGUGAUAUUUACAAAAAAGAUGAAAAGAAGUUCUGGACCUCUGACCCUCUGUCUUCUACACAAAGCUUCUUUUACAAGGUAAAAGAUGUUCCCCUAACUACAGAAUAUGGCUUUAAGAAGAAGAUGAAAGAGAGAAUUAAAUUAAGAUUUCAGUUUUGGGGGAAGAAAAAGAAAGCUUCUGGAUGACUGGAUUGCAUACCACGCCCUGGUCUCACAUUGUAUUAGGAUGCAGCUUAACAAAAUCAUCUCUAAAUCUACUAACCUUUCACCUUCUUAUCAAAAACUUUUGGAAUAGACACACACUGUACAGUUCAAUUGUUAGAGAAACUACUGUAGAAAUUGUUAUAAUUUUUUUUUUUUUGCAAAAAUUCAAGCUGUAAAAACUUUUCAACUUUCACAAUAUUUAAUUAAAGUUACUUCCUGUCUGUG